ACGACCAUCCAAGCAAUCUGCACCAUCACGGCGUAUUCUUCCAUCCGCUGUGUCGUCCUCUCGUACAAGUCGCGACUACAAAUUGGCCAAAUUUCUCACAGCUAUCACGACACGGCAGCCAUGUGCUUGGUCACCUUUGUCAAAAUCGGGGCUAUCCUGUACCUCCCGACCGCGCUCUUCUUUUGGGCGAUCGCAUUCGAUAGUGCCACUGGACUACGCCUUCAGAAGAACGAGUCAUUUUAUGCUGUCGGAAUAUUCACCAUUGUCGUUCUGUGCAAUUGUGGAGGAUUUAUAAAUACGAUUGGCUAUUUUACAAAUAAGAGGAUUAAGGCGGAGGGGAAAAGGGCACGGAGGGAGAGCUCGGUUAAGACGAGCAUAAUCAGCUUGGAAAGCUCGAUACACAAGAUUUAAGUUGAUUAAUUUAAGUUUAACGUCCAAAGUAAAAUGGCUAAUUUCAGGUAAAUAUGCAUAUAAUUGUGGGUAUGACUACAAGUAAUGCAUAUGUACAUAUGAUAAUUAGUGUAUUCAUUAACAGUAUCAAUUAUUCACAAAUGUGCCUCAUUAACCAGCUAAUGACCAAAUAUAGAACAAAAAUACCCAAUUUUAGAAAAAUAAAUAUAUAUGUGCCUACAUACGUACUUUACAACUUGAAAUCGACUUGAAAUCGACUCUCUGCAAAAUGGAAGAAGCCCUAUCAAAUCGGCUGAUCUUACUUCAAAUACUGGGAAAUAUUUCCCCCAAAGUGGCCCGGUUAGUAUGCCACUCUUGGAACAAUAUUGCCCUUCAUGAUGAUAGACUUGUGAUUAAUUUAAAAUCAAAGAGCGACAUACAACUUGCAAAUUUAUGUCGAAGAUUGUCUCCCAGUUUAGCUCGCAAUAUAACUCUACGAAACUGUAGAAAUGAAUUAACAUGUGUCAAAGAAGGCGUUAAUGGUCAAUUGAAUAUCACAGACAUCAAAAAUCUAUCCUGCUUUAUCACCCUGUUUAAUCAAUACGUACAAAAAUUGGAUAUGACACUAAAUCCUACAUUGUUUCCAGCCUUAUAUAAACUUUUUCAAACUCGGGAGAAUUUCAUAAAUUUGAAAUACUUGGACGUUCACAUUUGUCGGGGAGAAAAAAAUUCCGAAAUUCCGAAUGAUGAAUACUUGCCCCUUGCACCAAGAAAAAAACUGUCCACGAUCAAAUUUCGCAUCGAUAAGAAUUGCGAUGCUUAUCGCGAAUUAUACCAAGGUUUGCUCAAUUGUGCCGUCAACUUGCUGAAUCUACGCCUCGUCGGUAACUGGUUGCCCGACCAAGGUACGCAACUAAAUCUGAAGUCACUCGAAUAUGUUGGUCUGGGAAAGUUAGAUUUGGCCAAAUUAUCCAACCUUGUAUUUCAAGUUGCCCAUUCGCUGCAAUAUUUGCACCUCUACAGUGAAGUCGACACGCGAAAAGUAGACCCUCAAAAAUUCAAGCUUCCAGCAACGAUGCCAAAUUUGAUAAAACUAUCAAACAUCCACCCCAACAUUUUUCCUAUUCAAAUUCAACACGUGAUGUCGAACAGGAUGAAAAACUUGAGAACGAUACAAUUGAAAGACUUGAGUGGUGAUUUGUUACUAAAUGUGUUUUGUAGUGGUAACAUUUCUAAUGCGAUUAAUCCGUGCGUAUCAACCUUGUCGCUAAAUGGGAUCGUUCUUCCCGAAGUUUUAGCAAAGGUACGGGUCCCGUUCCCAAAUUUGCGAAAUCUCGAACUUAUUUUGAUGCCGAGAAACGCUGUGUCACGUGUCGUGCAGGAUAACUCUUUCAAAAUGAACAAAGCCGAGUUGAACGCAGUUAUGGGGGCGAUUGGUUCCUUGAAUUUAAGGCGGAUAACAAUUAUGUUAUGUUACCCUUUAAAGUGUAGAGGUUUCUUUAAAACACUCUCCAAUAAUUUGGGCGUGUUUGAGAAUGCGUGCUUGGAAUAUUUCGAGCUGGAGAUGUCCUGUUAUGACAACGGAAGUCUGAUGGAUGAUUUUUGUGAGACUGAAGACUUCAAGGAAAUCUUGUUCCAGCUACUUUUGACAUUGAAGAGGUUGAAGAAAGUAAAAUUUGAUUGCCCUAAUUUUAAGUUCACUCUUCAGUUCGCAGAGCAACUUUUCCGUUUCAUUUUUUGUCAUGGGAUAAACGUGGAAUUUUGUUAGUCCUGCAUACAUCAAUGAGUAGCGAAGUACGCGCAGCAUUUCAAAGUGAUUUAUCAUUUUUAGUAGAUAAAUAGCUCAAACUUCAAUUUUUAUUAUUUGCAUUUUAGAACAAGUUUGGUAACGAUUUUUACAUAAAAGAACCAAGUGAUAAACAUCCAUCGGAGAUUAGUGUAUGUACAAAAUAUGUGAAGGCUAAACAGUACCAGAUCCUCCUGUUCUCAAUUAAUACUGACCUUUUUUUAUUAGCUUGCGACAACAUAUGCAUAAUUUAUUACUCUGAUAAUUACUUUUUCGUAGCAUAUUAACAUUGCUUAAAAUUUAAAAAUGCAAAGCUCAAAUAUAUUUUUUUAAUAUUCGAAA